AUGCCAGAGAUAGCCAUCGGCGGGGCCGGCUUCGCGAUCAGCCAGGGCCUGAUGGCGCAGUUGGCGCCGGAGGUGCAGCGAUGCAGGCAGGCCUACUCGUGGAACUGGCAGGGAGACGUCCGCGUCGCCCAGUGCGUGGCGGACCUCGGCUACGGGGUCGAGGACGACCCCCACCUCUACCCGGAGGGCGUGGCCACCGAGCUCCGCUACAGCGGCAGCCGGCUCCUCGACGGCUCAGGCGUGCCCCCCGCGUCCUUCCACCACCUCGCGCCAGAGGAGCUCGACCGCCUCCACAUGGCGCAGGUGGCGCGCGGCGCCGGGGCCACCGGUGCGGGCGACGCAGACUUUGGCGCGCUGGCGCUGCGGGAGGCGACCCACCACGAGCCCAGCCUCAACCUCACCUUCCGCCUGCGCUUCGGCUGGCAGGUGGAGGUCGAGGGCGCGGCGCGCGGCCGCCUCGUGGCCGGGAGGCUCAAGGCGUUCGAGGCGACCCCGCCUGGAGGCUUCUUGCAAGACUACGGAGGGCAGCCGUGCGGCGGCGAGCCCGCUGGCGCCGCCCUCGAGGUGCUCGUCGAGGGGCGGUGCCGGGCCUGCGGCGGGGGCGCCGCGCUGGCCGUAUGGCACUGCGUCGCGGCCGAGGCCGAGCCCGCUCAUCUCCUGCAGCAGUACCUCAAGAUGGCUGGUCUCUCCUCGGACUCUACGGCGCUGGAGCUCGCUCACCAGUUCGAAGAGGCAGCGGAGCGGGUCAAGCCGAAGCCCAAGGCGAAGUGCCCGCACGUUGCCCUGCGCGAAGCUACCUCGCUCCGUGCUCAGAAGCAGGCCAAGCUCGCCAAGGCGUCCAAGCAGCUCCUCUCGGCGGAGGCCUGGCUGGAGGAGUGUAAGGGGCGCCAGCUCGCGGCAGCGGAGGAGCUCUUCGAGGCGGACCAGGCUACCCCGAUCUUCGGAGUUGACCCCCAGCUCUUCCAGGACCUGGACGACUACGAGGAGGAGGACAAGCAAAAGUUGCUGCAGUUCCAGAAGGAGCUCGAUGACGUCGCCACCCAGGCCAAGGCCCGCGAGCAACAGUUCAAGGAGCUGCUUGCCUCGGCCAAGCAGGCGCUGCGGGCCCCCCGCAAGCGGCGCCGCGCCGAGGGCGGCCAGGCCAGGGCGGACGAGGCAGAGGGCGCGGCCUCGGAGGCAGCUCCUGCCUCGCCCAGCGGGCCGCUGGCCGUGGCGAGGUCGCCACUGAAGGUGCUGCUCCUGGUCGCGACGCUCCUGCUGAGCCCGCUGCCGCCCACGAGCGCGGGUAGCACGGGCGCCCCAGUCGGAGAUGCUACGGCGUUCUAUUCUAAUAUCACAGAGCGGGGCCCUCAGGCCCGACGGUUCCUCACGGAGAAGUUUUACGAUCAUUCAGUUGUGGCCCUGGUGGAGACCCAUCAAGGGGCUAACGCCUUGCCGCAGCUGGAGACCGACCUCGACAAGGACGGAUGGCAGUUGAGCUCUACUCCCGCGCGUCCCUCUGGGCGCUCGGAGUCGGGCCUCAGUGGAGGUGAAUGGAUCCUCACACGCAAGUUUGUUGUCAGCUCUUCUGUUCAGCGCAUGCGUGCGGCCGCCCGUGCUGAAGGCCGCCAGGACCCCUGCAAAGGGUUCGUUCCGCUCACCCUGCACUUGAGGACGGGGAAUGUGGUGGCGAUCGCCGCCUACCUGCAGCCUGGCCUGGAGUUCCGCGGCAUCAAUAACGGCAUCAUGGUCGCACUGGCGCCCUUUACUUGGGCUCUUGCGGACCCGUGGCUGGUUGUUGCGGAUUGGAAUUGUGAGCCGUCCAGUCCCGUGGCCAGCGGCUGGGUUCAGCCGUUGCAGGCGCGGGCGGAGGCCCCGUUGAAUUGUAAAGUGACUUGUGAUAAGGGCCCUGGCCGCUUGUAUGACUAUGUGCUUGCCAGCCACACGUGCCCCGACUUGACGUUGCAUGAUGUGCAGAGUGCCCCUUGGAAGACGCACUGCGGGAUUUUGAUCACCAUCAAGGGCGCGCGUGAGGAGCGCUGGGCCUCGAAGUUAGUCGCGCCCAAGGCUCUGCCCACUGCCGUGCGGUUCCACCGCAGACUCCUGCCCCACAGCGCGUUCCGCCCCCCUCUGGACCUGUCUGCUUACGCGACCAAGCUGUCUUCCAUCAGACGUACCCACACGAGGAACAGCUAUGCCGAGCGGUGGGGCAUCACCACCACUCUCUUGGUUCGUUUCCGCGCCCUCACCCGUAACGGGGUCGACCUGUGCCAGGCUCGGGACUGCCUGUCCCAACUACGGCGGCAUCUGCAGAGUCUGGAUCUGCUGGAGAAGGACGCGUACGUUGGCAAGAAGACUACUCUCGAGCUCGCCAAGGCGUGGGUCUCGGACGCGGGCAUCCUGGAUGAGCUAGAGGAUGAUGCGUUGGACCAGGUCGUACAGCUGCCCCAGCGCUGGUCGGACUGGGCUUCUUCACGGGCAAUGACAGCAUCCAGGGCCAGUUUCAUGGUGUGGGUGCGCGAGCAGUGGCGACGCAAACCAGGCUUACUGCAUCGCCACGUCAAGCCAGACCCUACACCUGAAUGGGAAGGUGCUGGCCCUGAUGGUUGCCCCACCAGUCACCUCCAACUUCUCUUAGAAGGCAAGCGCCAGCACUGGUCUGAGAUCUGGCGCGAGAAGGUGGACACUCAAGAGGACCUCCACUACUGGCUGAACCAGUUGCACUCGGACGCCUUGGAGGAAGCGCUGCCGCCCUUUGAGCUCGACCAGCUCACCUCCACCCUACGGGCCAUGCCAUCGAGCAAGGCUCAAGGAGUUGACGCGCUGGGGCCAAACGACGUGCUGCGACUGCCAGAUAUUGGCCGCCGAGCGCUGGUGAACCUCUUGAAUGGUAUUGAGCUUUCAGGAGUGUGGCCUGUGGAAAUUACGACAGUUCUCGGCGCCUCCAUUCCAAAGGAGGCUGGCGGCCACAGGGUGCUCGGUCUGAUGCCUCACACGGCCAAGUUGUGGAGCAGGCGACGCUUGGCACAAGCGACCCCUCUGUGCAGCUUCGACGGGAUGUGCUUACUGAGUGGUUUCGCAUGUGAAUUGCGCACCCGUGUUUGCAUGGCCGCAUUGCUCGGGUUUGGCCACGUGUUCGUGCUGGACUGGGUGAUCGUGUCCGCCGGCGCGGUGUCCGCGGGUGCUGAGGGGCCAGAAGACUACACGUUCCUUGCCUUCGGCGAGGAUGGCUACAACGACACCGUGCUGGAGGAUUUCAGUGAGCUCCUGGCGGACUUUGAACGCGAUUGCAGUGCUGCUGCCUGGCGGCUGGCCGCCAAGCAUCCAGAUGGCGAAGAGCUCGCGGAUGGAGCUGAUCUGCAUGGCAUUCAGCGUGAGUUGGAGGCCUUCGCCAGGAAGGGUGACAUGGACCUGUGGGGUGCGACGGUCUCGGUGACAGCAGGGCGAGAGCCCCCCGCGCCGCCGCCCUGCCGCCGGCCCGCGUCGGCGGCCUGCGGCAUCCUCAACGCCAGGAGCUCCGCGCGCCUCAGUGGAGGGCCGGUCGAGGCGGCGGCCCGGCACGCGGCGAGCCGGCCGCCCCCGGCGAGCCUGCCGCCCCCGUCCGCCUCAGAAAAAGUCGAGGCGGAGGUUCGCGUUCGCAAUGAGAAGUUCGCGUUCGCAGCCAAUCUCCGUUACCUCCGUAGCCAACCAGAGGCUAGAGUUCGCAAUGUUCGCGCCUUCGAACCUGGGCUGUCGGGGCGGGGUUCGAACCUGGAUCUGGUUCCUUAA